AUGUCCUCUAGGCAUGUUACCCCGUUGUUUUGGCCGUCUUUUCUUCCGUCGUGUUUGGCUCAAGAUGGUGAAUUCUCACCAUGGGCUGACGCGACGUCUCUGAGGAUGCCAGCAGACUUUGAACCAACUAUGGUAUUGCCAGGUGAUAGUGACCAGUCUGCUACCGUCCCCGGAGUUUCUCCCAGGAGAGAAUCGAGAGAGAAGGAACACGUGAAGGGCCGGGCAUCCGUCUCAGCCUCGCUGAACUCGGACACCCGAGCCCAAGAGGCCAAACGGAAACGAUCCUUUGGGCUCUGUGCAAGUCUUGGAGGUGCUGUGAGCAGCAUCCGAAUGAAGUUGGCCUCGAGUCGAUGGUACAGCAGCCCUUUAGCUGUGGCCUUGCGCGGCAUGAUGCAGGGCAGGAAUUGGGCCAUCCUCAUGGUCAUAGCCUUGCUGCUGGCAUUGUUUAUGCCGGACAUUUGGGUCCUAGCUGGUGUCAAUGACACUAUCUUUAUCGACGUAGUUCUCACCCUCGUGAUGGCACUUUUUACCCUCGAGCUACUCAUUCUCAGCGUUGUUGAUUCGCACUACAUCUUGAGCUUCUUUCAGCUCAUGGACAUCUUUGGCACCGUCUCGAUGAUCUUCGACAUCUCUUUCAUGUUGGGCGUGGCUGCCGACGAAGCCCAAAUCGCUUCGAACAAUGCUGACGCGACAGCGAAUCUGAUGCUCUUGAGAGCUGCCAGAGCUGCUAAGGUUGGUGCUCGUGCAGGGCGGCUCUCCCGUGUGUUACGCUUCCUGCGCUUUGUCCCCUUCUUGGCGGGGGGCGACAAGCAGGAUGAGAAUCAGACUGGCAUUGCCUCGAUGAUCUCAGGGCAGUUGGCCAAUCUGGUAGCAACGAGAGUAGCGUGUCUCACGAUCAUUUUGGUGAUGGUGAUUCCACUCUUCGACAUUUGGACAUUCCCACAGUCGGACUAUUCACUCCAGACCUGGGUGAAUCGCCUCUCAGUGGAUGUGGAUGAGAUGAGGUACGAUGAUUGCAUGGCCGAGCUUGGUUUGAUGAAGGACUUCUAUGACCGCAAAGCCUAUGGCCCCUAUCUAGCCUGCAUCGGGGUGGCAUCGACCGACUCCGAAGGCCAAGUGACGUUUACCUGUACACAAAAUAUGGCUGGCAUUGCUGGUCAAGUCGCAGCCUUCGAUUUCUCAAGAGAAGCACCUCCACGACUGUCCUCGAGCCUCAUUGUGCACACCGGCACUUUUAUGGUGCAGGUGAACAUGCACUCCAACGCGCAGGUUGAGGCAGGCUUCAGCAUGGGCACGAUGACCUUCAUCAUCGUCAUCAUGGUCUUCUGCGGCUUAGCCCUCUCCAGUGUGGUCACGGACCUUGCGGUGCGUCCGCUGGAGCGGAUGCUGGGCACGGUGCGGAAGAUCGCCUCGACGGUCUUCAAGUUCACCGCCGAGGUCUCAGCGGAGCAAAACGAGGAAGAGGUCACGGACAUUGAUAGCUCAAAUGAGAUGAAACUGCUGGAGAAGGUGGUGCAGAAGUUAGCGAUCAUCGCUGACCUUCAGACAGCACGAGCAGUGCCCGAUGAAACUGAGGACAUGAGAGACGAAGAUCUUGGAAUCCUCAGCAUGAUGCACGGAGCCAAUAUCACCAAGAGCAAGGGCCGGCAGACCCGGAGACCCUCCGGCACGGUGCAGCGGAAGAAGGGCCAUCUCGGCGUGCCGGCCGUGCGGCUCGAAGACUUCGGAGUGUCUCAGGAGAUCUUCAACUCGUGGUCCUUCAAUUCCUUGACGCUUUCGAAGAACCAGCGCAUCAAUUUGGCUGUCUACACAGUCUGCAAAUUCCACGAGGAGACUGAAGGCUUUGUGAACACCGGAGAUGAGGUGGGGAUGUUCCAACGCUUUACCACGGCUGUAGAGAAAGAGUACUUGCCGGUGCCUUUCCACAGCUUUGCACACUCAGUGGACGUGCUGCAUGCAGUGUCCAGAGUGCUUCGAUGCAUCUCUUCCAGCUCAAUCUUGAGUGAGCUCGAAGAGUUCUCCUUACUUGUCGCAGCUCUCGGUCAUGACAUUGGCCAUCCGGGCGUGAACAACGGCUUCCUGUCGGAGGUCGGCCACGAGUUGGCCAUGCAGUACAACGACCGAUCUCCAUUGGAGAACAUGCAUUGUGCCAAACUCUACACAAUUACCAAUAAGCAGGAAACCAACGUCUUCUACCACCUCUCCAAGGACCAGUAUAAGGAGGUCCGAAAGAUUUGCAUUGAGAGCAUCCUCCACACGGAUAUGAUGGCUCAUCAGGCAAUGGUGAAAGACUUGCAGAUGCUCUUCCAGAUGAAUACAGAGGUAUUCACCGCAGAGCCCGAGUGUGAUGAUAAGGGUCAACUGAUCAUCAGCCAACCGGAGGUGGAAAUCUUCACUGAGCCCGACACCAAAUCCAAAGUGCUCAACUGUGUUCUGCACUCAGCAGAUGUUUCCAACCCAUGCAGAGCAUGGGAUGUGACACACGAUUGGGCCAUGGUCUGCCUGGAAGAGUUCUUCGCCCAGGGCGACCAGGAGAAGUUACUGGGCAUUCCAGUGCAGUUUCUGAAUGAUCGAGACAAGCUGAACAAGCCCAACUCGCAGAUUGGCUUUAUUGAGUUCAUGAUUGCGCCUUUCUUCGUCGCACAAAUCCGUUUGUGGCCCAAUCUGCAUGAGAUGGGAGGAAAUCUGUCGCGCAACAUCGCGAACUGGCAGGACAUGUGGGAGAAGGAAGUGAGUCCUGCGGAGGAAGAAAGAGCCAAAGUGAAGGGCCGAGUCGAGAAGGUGCAAACGAACAUCAACGAGGCCAUCCAGCGAACACCGAUUUGA